CCCCGGAUGCAAGAGGCCGGCGGAGGGACGUCAUUGUUCCCCGACGGACUGUAACAGUAGGCGGAGCGGGCCGGGCUGAGGCGGGGGCUGCGGCGAGGGGGACCCGGCAGCGCCGAGUCAAGCGGGGCCGAGCCAGAUAUGAACAAUGACCAUAGUUAACAAGCCAAAAUCUUCAAAGUCUAAAAAAUCUUCCUCGAGACGGUCUGACAAAUCUAUGAAACCCCGUACUAAAAAAAUGACGUCACGCACUGCAAGUUUGGGCCGAGUACCUCCUACAGAAGAUCCAAACAAAGUCUCUGUGGACAAAGGUCCUGGGGGGCAUAUUUAUUGCAGAUCGUCUCAAAAAUCAAAGCCGUUUGCCCAAAGAGAUCUAGUUGUUAAUGACGGGAUUGCUCCGCCACAAAGAAUUCUUUUUCCACCUGAGAAAAUCUGUAUGGACUGGCAACAAACGCAAAGUGUUGGCGUUGGGCUGCAAAACCUCGGCAACACAUGUUUCCUUAAUUCUACUCUCCAAUGUUUGACCUACACGCCUCCUCUUGCCAAUUACAUGCUUUCACUCGAGCACACCAAGUCAUGUCACGUAGAAGGAUUCUGUAUGAUGUGCACUAUGGAAAGUCACAUCAACCAGGUCCUGUGUUGCUCUAAUAAUGCCAUCAAACCUACGUCUGUUAUCAAUGGCCUUAAAAGAAUAGGAAAACAUUUCCAUUUUGGCAGUCAAGAGGACGCACAUGAAUUCUUAUGCUUCACUGUUGAUGCUUUGCAGAAAGCUUGCUUGAAUGGAAGCACCAAAUUAGACAGAUCUUCUCAAGCCACCACACUUAUUUAUCAAAUAUUUGGAGGAUAUCUAAGAUCUCGAGUAAAGUGCUUGAACUGCAAAGCCGUGUCGGAUACGUACGAGCCUUUUCUCGAUGUUACUUUGGAUAUAAAGGCAGUUACAUCCGUCACCAGAGCUCUAGAACAAUUUGUGAAACCAGAACAGCUGGACGGUGAAAAUAGCUACAAGUGUAGCAAGUGUAAAAAGAUGGUUCCAGCAUCAAAGAGAUACACGAUACAUCGCUCUUCUAAUGUUCUCACCAUAUCGCUGAAAAGAUUUGCAAAUUUUACAGGUGGAAAGAUCAACAAGGAUGUAAAAUACCCUGAAUAUUUGGAUCUUCGAGCAUAUAUGUCCCAGUCUAUUGGAGAACCCCUCAUCUAUGCUUUAUAUGCAGUUCUUGUACAUAGUGGCUUCAACUGUAAUGCUGGACACUAUCUCUGCUUCAUAAAGGCUGGUAAUGGACUUUGGUACCGAAUGAACGAUGCCUCAGUAGAGCUUUCCGAUAUCAAAACAGUUCUCAAUCAGCAAGCUUAUGUACUUUUUUAUAUCAGGCGCUACGACCUGACGCUGGGGGAGCGAGCGUUUUACCUGCCCGCGCCCUCCUACCCGCGCUCCUUCCUGGGCCAGCGCGCCGCCAGCAGCAAGCAGGCUGCCUUCAUGGGACCACGGCUUCCUCCUCACAUGAUGAAGAGUUCAAGCCGUUUAAAUGGAAAUGGACCCUUAAAAGAGGAUCCCAGUACCGUUGGUGUUGCUGUAAAGAGGCCAUCUUCAGCUCCACCAACAGCUUGCGUUCAAAACUGGGCAAUUUCCAGGCCUUCGAUGACAGACCCUUCCAAAGCGCAGAAGAUCACGAUCAGUAUUCACAACAAGCUGCCCGCGCGGCCGGCGGCGCCGCAGGCCGAGUGUCCGAGCGGCGCUGCGCAGGAGGAGGAGCUGCAGGCUCCUUCAGCCACAGUCACAAACUCUUCCGCAGCAGAGCCUACCUCAAACCUCUCCGCAGUGUCAGUCGCUACUAACGCCUCCAAGCAGGAGGUUCCUGAUGAAAUCUUUGUUGAGCCAGCAGUGAAUGGAAACCCUAAGCUCUGCUCUGAUAACGUGGUCCCUUACGGUGCAGAACCUUCUGGAAGACCCGAGGAGUCAAAGGGCUUGUUCAAAAGGAAUUGCAACGUCGUCUCUUCCAAUGGAAUUCUGAUUGGGAAGGUGGUCCGUACGUUGCAUAAUUCCCACCCGUCCUGUCAGAAUGCUGAAGAAAGAUCCCAGCAUGAGCUGCCAAAAAUUGAUUCCCUAAAUGGUGCUAUUAGUUUAGAUAAUGAAUAUAAAGAAAAUGGACUGAAACUUGAUGAUUCCACUUGCCAAGUCCAACCCGUUAAACCUUCUGAGAUUUUCUUCUCUAAAGCAAAUGGAGUGCUUGAAACGAUGCCUAAAGCUUUGUCGCCAGAUCCUCAAGGUAUCUUAGAAUCUCUUACGUACAGCCAGUUGAACAGCUUGUCAGAGGAAAAAAGUGUCUCUGGACCUCAGAAAUCUUCUGACAAUGAUGGAGUUAUGGAAACUGUAGUGAUGGAAGCACUGUUUGCCUAUGAAGAAUCCAGGAAGGUUCCUUCCAACUUUAGCUGUGAGGUUGAGAAACUUUUUACUCAAUCGGAUUCUGAAACCGUUUUUACCAAAGAAGAAGUUGCUGAAAGUAUUUUAACAAAAGCUGAUAAUGCACAUCUCAAUAUCAACGGUCAGCACAAGGUUAGGAAAAAAUCUUUGGAUACUGAAGGUGAAUUCCUUGGGCAGUGUGAGUCUGAAGACAGAGAUAAAGACAAACUAAGAAGAUCAAAAGAACCUGAACUCAUUUCAAAAGAAAAUCCUUUGUACAUCAAAGGGUCUCCUGAGAGCAACGAGAAAUUAGGGCAAACUUCCUCUAUAAAGCCUGACACUGAAUGUAGUUCUAAAAAACUUGCAUCUCUAGAUAUUACAGAUAAAUGCCAAGAUACAAAGGACAUUUCUAAUAACUAUGUAGAAGUCCCACCCGUUAAUGACUCUUCUAUCACAAAGCUGGAUAAAGUAUUGGAAAGUCAAUUUUCUAGAGCAGAUGAGGGACUGAGUAAUAAAACAAGUGAAGACGAUGACAAACAUAUGAAAAAAAAUAAGAAAAAAAUCCAUGACUCCAAAAGAACUGACAAAGAGCACUACCGGAGGAAGAGAGAAAACUCGGACACGGAGGAGAAGGAGAAGCAAAGCAGAAACAAACCAGAUGAUCAUUCCCACAGGAGGAGGAGCUCUCACAGCAUGGAAACAAACAGGCAAAGCCGUCAUAAGCAGGAGUAUUGCAGUGAGAGCAAGUACAGAUCCUCCCACAACGAAAGGAACAGUCCCAGUAAUGGCAGGAGCUCAGGAAAAUAUUCUCGUUACAGAUCCCGAAGCAGAGAAAGGACAGAUCCAGACAGGAAUAGGUAUUAUUAUUCCAAAGGAGACAGACCUUGGAUUAGAGAAAGAUACUAUCAAGAUGAACCACGGAGAUGGGAAAAAUGCAGAUACUACAAUGAUUAUUAUUCCUCCUAUGGAACAAGGGAUGGUAGGGAGAGGAAGUCCUCUCAUUGUGAUAAAGACUAUGACAAAUUGAGCCAAGCUUACAGCAGGUCACACAAGGAUUAUCAUUGCAAAAGCAGAUGGGCUCACAGCACACUCUCCCGAGAGGAGGAUGUGCAUCACUUCAGCAGCCACAGAGCAAACUUCCACCAUUGUUCAGUACCUCAGCAGCACUCGGAAAAAUACUCUCGUGAAAGGCACGCUCUUCCACCAGUGUCAGCUCACUCAAAUUUUGAGGACUUUUCCCGGGAAAACGAGAAGGAACAACUAAGAAAUGGCAAAAGAAAAUACUCCCACCAAGAAGAAAGCGGAAGUGACGUAGAAAAGAAAUGCCGAAAGACAGAUGACCAAAGAAUCAAAAAGUAUAAGAAGGUCAAGAAGAAAAAGAAGUCCAAAGAUAAACAUCGAGAGAAGGAUUACAAACUUAAUGAUUUGGAUUGCUCUGUGCUCCACUUUGACAAUGACAAUCGCAAACAUAAGAAAAAGAAGAAAAAGAAGAAGCACGAGAGGAAAGACUUAUUGGAAUAUUUAGACCCUCGCUUCCAGAAGAAAACAUGGGAGAAGAAGGAAGAAUCCCGUCCUCCAGAUGACCAUUUAUGUGAGCAAUACAGAAACCAGGGCAGUAAACAACCCUCCAAGGAAGAGAAGCCUUCUGGUGGAUGUGACAGCAAGAAAUACAGCUCCAUGGCAUCCACUGAGUAUGUCAGAGAUGUGGAGCUGACUGAUGAAAGCCUUCAAUACUCAGACUGAACCCACCACCAACCCCAAUAUCAGACUUCUGACCACCAACCUCACCAACCAUUCACUUACAAAACCGACAACUUCUCAUCUUAACCGAACCGAUGACUUCUCAUCAUCCGAACCGACGACUUCUUACCUUCAACGACCUUACCUUCAAACCUGACAUUACCAAUAGUGACCAUCAAAACUUAAAAUUUAUUAUCAAUUACCAUCAAGACAAAAUCCAGUCAUAAGUGGUGCUUAACAUUUCUGUACAGAAUUUUACCAUAUAAGAACUUUUUUUUAGUUUUUAACUUGAGACUUUCUUUUUUAAAAUAUACUUCUAAUCCAAAAGGGUGAAAACUUUUUACAACUGCUGAACAUUGUAAAUUACCACAUAAAUAUCUCACUGAGGUGAGAUAAUGCCCUGGAAUAGACCAUCUCAAAUGCUGCUUAAUUACAGACUCAGGUUGACUUUAUGUUAUUCAUGUAAUGUUACUCCAAGUUAAGACAUCUGGUGCAAGAGCGACCAGGAAUUAUAAAAGUUGCAACUGACAGUCUGUAUAUUUAAUUUAAAGACUUAUUUAAAACUUCACAAGUUUUGCAAGAGCUUCAUUUUUUUUUUCUGUGGUCUGACACUAGAAACUAAUUUACUUCACAUUUGAGUUAUAUUCAAGAUCUGAAGAAAAUCUUCUGGUUUUCGACAUCGUGAAACAACAAAUAUGCAGUUCUGAAUGUAUCUCUCAAGACUAUUUGUAUAUUGUUCCAUAUGUUUUUAUUACAUUUUCUUAAUAUACUGUCAUUUGUCUUAAGUCUCAGUUGUCUGUUUUGUCUCUCUAAAGUGUCUAGUUACAGACAAAUUCAUACUGUGAUUUUUAUUUUUAUUAUUAAAUGCUAUCAAACUGUGAUGCACUUAUUAUUCACUGGUCCUGCAUCAGGAGAUGAGUGGGGAACCUGUAUUAAAUACAGUUCAUCUGAAUAAUCUGUCUGGUUUAUACAAGCUGUGUUGUUCAGAGAUGUCUAAAGUUUGAUCUUUGUUUUUUUAAAGAUAAAAAGCACUUGCCCCACUGUAAAGAUAUAGCAUGUAAAAUUUAUAUAGUAUAUAAAUACAGCAAAGUUAAAAUGGAUUUUUACUUGAGUUUUACUUGAGUUCUUUAACGUGCACUGUGUCAUGGGAGCUGACAGCUGUCAGAGCGUGUUUGACACUCGAGAAGUCACAUCUUCCUCUCACUGGAGGGAGAGGAUGCUGUCGGUGGGAGCCAGAGAAG